UCGUGUCCUCGGAGAAGAACUCUUCUUUGCCGUCUUCAUCCUCCUGCGCGCUCUCAAGGGUGUUGACUUCGUGCGCUGCCGCUUCGAUCUUCGACUCCGACCGUCAGACUUCGUUGGUCUUGGGUUUGCACUUGGUCCCUACCAGUGUCCGAGUGACAGCUGCUUUUUGCAAUUGACACCAAUGGCAAGAUAGCUGAAGAUCCAGGGUAACAGCGUUCUAUUAAGGAGACUGGAUUGAAAUUGUUUUUGAAUCUGCGAAGAACAGUCUCAAAUUGCUUGGGGUCUUGGUGGAAAAUGACCAUCUCAGAUUUCUUGGCAACACUUGUCAAGAGUGCUGGUUGCAGCAGAAUUGCGGGCUUUGACGACCUCUCCAACACGGAAUGGUGCAGAGGCCAUCCUGGACUCUACCGGCCUUUGGCGUGGCUGUGUCCCAAAACUUGCGGAUGCAACACCACUGGGAAUGCAGAACGAGACAAUAUUUGCUUUGGAUACGAUUACUGCCCGGUGUCAGUGAUCAAUGAGCCCAACACCUAUCAGGCUAGGGAGAAUAUCAAGUCCUAUCUACGAUUGUUGGGCAAGCAGAGCCUGUUCAUUCAUGCGCCACGUAUCCAAGACGGUGGACACAAGCUUCCUUAAUCGCCCUGAUGCGGAUCUUUUUUGGCAGGAACCAAGCUGCGUUGAACACAUUGAUUCAUGCAUCAGGUAUGAGGGCAGAUUGUGAUGCUCAAAGUCCGGCAUCACUUCGAGGAAAAGCAGCAAUGUGGAUACCCCAAGCAUCGCACCAGUUCCCAACUUUGAAGUUGUGACUAAUGUUGGAGCACGCGCC